AGUAAAUAAGACACGUACAGAAGUGCGGGGGGUCUGAGAGGAGGUGAAGAUCUGAUCUGUUACGGCGGUGCCAUGGGAGAAGCGGCGGGGGAGAGGCGCAUCUCUCCGGUAAAGAACUUUGUGGCUGGAGGAGUCGGUGGAGCCUGUCUGUUACUGGCUGGUCAUCCACUGGAUACCAUUAAAGUUCGUCUUCAGACGCAGCCCAGAGCCUCUUGCAGCCAGUAUGUGAUGUACACGGGAACAUAUGACUGUUUUCGGAAAACUGUGUCCAGAGAGGGAGUGCUGGGCCUGUAUAAAGGAAUGGGAGCUCCCCUGGCUGGAGUCGCUCCAAUGAUGGCUAUCAGCUUCUUUGGAUUUGGACUUGGGAAGCAGCUGCUCCAGAGUGACCCGUCUGUCCCGAUCACGUACACACAGACUUACCUGGCCGGGAUGUUAGCAGGGGUCUUUACUACCGUGAUUGUGGCUCCCGGAGAGAGAAUUAAGUGUCUUCUACAGGUGCAGACCAUCAGCGGUCAGAUGAAAUAUGCCGGACCUCUGGACUGUGCAGUGAAGCUGUAUAAAGAAAAGGGGAUUCGCAGUGUUUACAAGGGAACGGUUCUUACCCUCAUCAGGGAUGUUCCUUCUACCGGCCUGUAUUUUUUGACCUAUGAAUACCUCAAAAAUGUCCUCACCCCUGAGCAUGAGAGUGUAGAUCAGCUCAGCAUGCCAAGGAUACUUUUGGCCGGGGGCACCGCUGGCAUCGUAAACUGGGCGGUCGCCCUUCCACCUGAUGUUCUAAAAUCCAACUUCCAAACAGCCGCAGAUGGACGCUACAGGGGAUUAGUGGAUGUUUUUAGAUCCCUUCUGCGUGAGGAAGGAGCCACGGCUCUGUACAAAGGCUUAAGUGCAGUCAUGCUCCGGGCUUUUCCUGCCAAUGCGGCGUGUUUUCUUGGCUUUGAAGUAGCUUUAAAGUGUUUAAACUGGCUGGCCCCAAACUGGUGACCCUCGGACUAUCUUCGGACUGUGAUGCUGACCACAUUAUGUUUCAUAAAACCCAGUUAGAAUCUCAGAAACAGUUUGUUAGCUGGUAGUUUACAUCUCAUUUUGUUAAACCUUAAAAGACAAUUUAACAGUGAGUAGCUGGUCUACUGCUUUUAUAAUGUAUUUAUGAUUCACAUUAGCUGUCUGGGGUGAUACAUAAAUGUUGUUUAAUUACCAGCAUUACAGCAUAUUUCUGAUGUAAUUAUGAAUGUGUUGUUUUUAUUUAAUAAUUGAUUUUACUUGGUUAUUUUGUUUAUAAUGUAAC